AUGGUCAAUAUAUCACAUUCAGAUGCGGACAAAACUUGGAAACUAUUUAUAGAAUUUCACUGUGUUCGUAAAUUACCCGAGUUUGUAAACAUCUCAUUCAGCUGUAAAGCAAUUUCUAAUGUACUCCCAUUGCAGGCUGAAAGUUAUGUAGAAGGUGUUGCUGUAGGUGUCACAGUUGGACUUAUUAUUUUUUUUGGAGUCGUCGUAGUGUAUAUAUGGUUUGUUAGAAGAAACAAAACAGAUGACAAACAUAAUACAGAUCGUCACCACGAAAACGCUGAUAUCAUUGGAAAUCAAAACAUAGAACUGUCUGCUAACUGCAAUUCUGAGAUUUCCAGAAAUCCUGAAUUAAGAAAUUUUCAUUCUAAACAAAAUAACUACGAAAUGUCAAAACCAAUGAAUGGGUCUAAUUAUGAUGGAAACGGAACUAUAUCUGAAAAAGACAAUUAUGUAUUUCAUGAAGAUCAGUAUGAUGUUUCAAGGGGACAUAACUGCUCUGAUCAUCAGCAGGGCAUAUAUAGUAGAGCUGUAGAUACUCUGUAUGACAUUGCCUCUCACAGCAGACAGAAUACUGUGACCGAUCAGACAUACGACCAUGCCUAUGGUCCGACAACAGAGGAUAAUUAUGAUAUAGCAAAUAACUGAAUACACACAAUGUAUAUAUGUAUUUUCAUUAAUUAUCAUUAUAUCCCAUACAAAAAAACGACUAAUUUUAAUUUGUUGAAGUCUAAAAAUAACAAUUUUUUUAAAUUCAAUUUUCAUAAUCAUCUUUUGUAACCAUACCACUAAGUUCAUCACUGGAAAGUGAUAUGAUAUUUAAAAAAAACAUUGACAUGAUAUAGUGAUACAUGUAAGAUGUAGUAUUCCUGUUGAAAUCAAAGCUGUCACUGUAAACACAUGCAUAUCAAACAAAAGUUUGAAAUGUACACUUCAUAAGAAGCCCAUUUAACCAUACUAUCAGGAAAAGGAAAAUUUACCAAAGGAACUGGUUUAAGAACACCGUGAGAAAAAGUUUCAAGGUAUAAAAAAGGACAGUGAUUACUUUAAAAUGUUGUGGAUAGAAGGAAUAAGUUUAGGGGAUAACAUAAAACUGCCAAUGUUAACACACUGACAAUAUAUUUUUGUCAACCAAUUUUUCUAUCUCAUGACCUAUGAAAUGAUAGGGAAAUAAUGUUUAGGAGAUUCUUUAUAACCUGUACGACUGACAGUCUCAUUCCUAGAUGAAAAUUGAUCCUCAGAGGAUUAGAGGUUUCUGAUACAGUAUAUUUAACUAAAAAUUCGCAACAAAGGUCGCUCAUUAAGAAUGUCAUAGACUAUAAUACAUCUGACUGUCAUGAUUUCUACAGACAAUGAAAUAUAAAAACAUAACAGGUAUUAAAAGAACAUGCAAAACUCUUUCUAAGGUUUAGUUUAGAAUUUAAGGAACAAAUAAUGAAUUCAUGCAAUUGUAGCAGUAUUUACUACGUUGUACAACACAUUAAGUCACUGUUCGUUUCAACACAUCAGCAUAUUUAUUUCUGAAUCCGCAAACAUUAACAAAAAAAAAUUAUGUGUGUGUUCGUCUCAUUUUGAAUAAUACCUAAAUUAUUUGUUGCUAAUGGUCGUACAGUCAAUGAAGUAUGACAAAUAAAUGGCUACUAAGUAUUAGACACUAUAAUAUUUUACUUCAUUGAAUCUAAUAUAUAUUUUUGAUGAAUUUAAACUUUUAUCAUGUACAUCUUAAAUGUUAAUGCUAGAUGUAGAUGUCCCGGGAUUCGUGAGUCAAACAGUUUCAGUUUUCCCAUUUGUCCGUCUGUUUGUCAACAGUGUUUGUAAACGCAAACACUCCGACAGUAUUGAUAGAACGAGAAUGCAAUUGUGUACAGUUGUUGUGUAUAAUAUAUGCUUGUUGUCCAAGUCAAACAAAAAAUUAAAAAAACGGAUGUACCUAUUUUUUCUUCCAUAAGAUACAUUCAAAUAGUAAAUUAUUUAUGUGUAUUUAUUCGAAUGAAAAAAAAUCCCACACGCUUCUAUCAAUAGGUUGAUCUGCAAGUUAUUUUUGUUAUGAAAAUUUGAAAAAUUAUUUUGAAAAAAUCUUAGUUUAAAAAAAAGUUUCAUUAAGAAAAUAUUUUUUUUUUCUUGGGAGGG